UUAAACAAUUGAAAUAGUAAUUGUAAGCAUGCGUUGAUCGAUUUCAUUUUCAUCUUGUCCAGCAACAGCUUGUGUCAGCAUUACCUGAUAAUUAAUGCAAAUCUUCCACUCAAUAUGAAUAGUUUAGUGUCCAUUUUAAUUAUUGGCCGUAGUAUAAAAGCGUAUGGUCAUUUCCUUUGUUGAUCCAUUCAAAAGCUGAAUCUUAAAUGGCUGAUACUCAACCAAAACAAAAUCCUUCGGAUAAUAACGAACCAAACACAGAAAAGCAAUUAUUUUUCGACUCGAAGUUGUUUCGAUGGAUCACAUUAAUUUUAUAUUUAGGAGGUGUGAGCGGUAUGGGAAUGGUAUUAUCAUUUUAUUAUCUGUUUUUCUUUGAUUCUACAAUGCCAGAAAUAUACUUACGAUUUCCUGUUACCAUAGACACAAAUCAGCCAACUAAUUAAGAAGACACAAAAGCUGUAACAUAUAUUGUAAUGUAAGUUUUAUUCAGUACUUUUAUUUUCUGUAUAUGGUUAGUUCUAGUAUCUUAUAGAAGUAGUUAGCGUUAUUAAUAAUUAAUUUAACAUAUUAGUUAUUAUUUAGUGUAUCUAUAUGCGUAAUAAAGGUAUAUAUGUAUAAGUAUUAGAUUAAAUGUGAAUAAAUAUUCAUAUUGUUAUGUGCAAAGAUUAAAAACUGGUUACUUAUUAAUACAUAGAUUCUAUGUUGUACUUAAUGUGUCCAACCCUAUCACUGAAUCAUUACAAUAACGUUAUAAUACUGACAUUUCAAAACGAAAUUCAAAAUCAUUUUAAAUAACGGUUUCUUAAACGUACCAAUAGAUUUUUCUUACACAAAAACAAACGACCAACGUCUUGGCUGGCUUGGC